AUGGCGUUCCAGCGGGCCCCUUUUGUCCGGGCUGGGUGUGGGGCCUACAAACCUAGGCUGGCCCUCAGGCAAAACCAGCCUUUGCACAAGCCUGGGGCAGCCACUAUUCACAUGAAUAGUAGCUGCCCUAGCCCUCCCCUUUGUCAUGGCAAAGGACAAAUGGGUGGAGUUGCUCUUAGAGCAAGUCCACCCCAAAAGGCUAAGGCAAGGCAAGGGCUGCCACUAUUCACGUGA